AUGUAUCGCUUCAACCGACUACCAUUUGGAGUGAAACCAGCUCCUGGUGUAUUCCAACAAUGUAUGGAUGCGCUUAUCGCUGGAAUAGAUGGAACGGUUGCCUAUCUCGACGACUUAUUGGUUACUGGUAGAAUCAUCGGCGAAUACAAUGGUCGACUAGAGGCCGUAAUCGAGGAUUCAGGACCACGGACUCCGAGUUCGACUCGACAAAUGCGCUUUUUUGCAGACGGAGAUCGCCUACCUUGGGUUCGUCAUCAACGCACAAGGACGACGCCGCAAUCCAGAAGAGAUCAAAGCUAUCCAGCAGAUGCCCGCUCCGAAAGAUGUCAGUCAACUUCGCACUUUUCUAGGACUCAUCAGUUCCUACGGAAACUUCGUCAGUAA